AUGAAGACCAAGGAGCUCUCCAAACAGUUAGAUGGAACAGCCUCACAGGAACAGCCUCACAGGAACAGCCUCACAGAAACAGCCUCACAGAAACAGCCUCACAGAAACAGCCUCACAGGAACAGCCUCACAGAAACAGCCUCACAGGAACAGCCUCACAGGAACAGCCUCACAGAAACAGCCUCACAGGAACAGCCUCACAGAAACAGCCUCACAGGAACAGCCUCACAGAAACAGCCUCACAGGAACAGCCUCACAGGAACAGCCUCACAGAAACAGCCUCACAGAAACAGCCUCACAGGAACAGCCUCACAGGAACAGCCUCACAGAAACAGCCUCACAGAAACAGCCUCACAGGAACAGCCUCACAGGAACAGCCUCACAGAAACAGCCUCACAGGAACAGCCUCACAGGAACAGCCUCACAGAAACAGCCUCACAGGAACAGCCUCACAGGAACAGCCUCACAGGAACAGCCUCACAGGAACAGCCUCACAGAAACAGCCUCACAGAAACAGCCUCACAGAAACAGCCUCAGGAACAGCCUCAGGAACAGCCUCACAGAAACAGCCUCACAGGAACAGCCUCACAGAACAGCCUCACAGAAACAGCCUCACAGGAACAGCCUCACAGGAACAGCCUCACAGGAACAGCCUCACAGGAACAGCCUCACAGGAACAGCCUCACAGAAACAGCCUCACAGGAAUAGCCUCACAGGAACAGCCUCACAGAAACAGCCUCACAGAAACAACCUCACAGAAACAGCCUCACAGGAACAGCCUCACAGGAACAGACUCACAGGAACAGCCUCACAGGAACAGCCUCACAGAAACAGCCUAACAGGAACAGCCUCACAAGAACAGCCUCACAGGAACAGCCUCACAGGAACAGCCUCACAGGAACAGCCUCACAGAAACAGCCUCACAGGAAUAGCCUCACAGGAACAGCCUCACAGAAACAGCCUCACAGAAACAACCUCACAGAAACAGCCUCACAGGAACAGCCUCACAGGAACAGACUCACAGGAACAGCCUCACAGAAACAGCCUCACAGGAACAGCCUCACAAGAACAGCCUCACAGGAACAGCCUCACAGGAACAGCCUCACAGAAACAGCCUCACAGAAACAGCCUCACAGGAACAGCCUCACAAGAACAGCCUCACAGGAACAGCCUCACAGAAACAGCCUCACAGGAACAGCCUCACAGGAACAGCCUCACAGGAACAGCCUCACAGAAACAGCCUCACAAGAACAGCCUCACAGGAACAGCCUCACAAGAACAGCCUCACAGGAACAGCCUCACAGGAACAGCCUCACAGAAACAGCCUCACCUGACUCUGUACACAAAUCCAGUACCAAUCACACUGAUCACAAUGUUUCUCAAAAUCUUCUUAAUGUAUAUUAUGCAGUAG